AUGACAGACAUCAAGUACGAAAACGGGCAGCCCACAUUUGAAGGCCCUACCGUGGUCAAGUGCUUCAAGGACAAUGGCAACGGUCUUCUUUUCCGUAUUGUUAACGAAGAAAAGAAGCAGUGGGCCUUUUACAAUGACACGAAGGAAUACAACAUGACUGUGAAAGCAGCGUUUGGCAAGGACAGCAAGGUGGAACCCCUGGGCUCGACAAAGAUGGAGAAGGACGAAGCAACCGGCGAGUUCAAGUGCGAGGCUCAGAUUCCUCCCCUUGCAACAGUGUUGUUUGUCGAGGGUGAACCGAAUGGCUACAAGCUUAACUUUGAAGCCAACCCCGUCGCCAAGUAG